UCUUGCCCAGCCCGCCGCCAUCUCGAUUGUCUCCGAGUCCGCUCUGCCCCCGUCGCAACCGCCCCUGGACGCCCAACAUCCAGAACCCCUUGGCUCAUGGUGUCCUCUGCCGAUAUCGGAUAUGCCCUCGAUUCCGUAACGGCGCUUUCCUACUAUGCCCGUGGCAUCUUCUUUGGGAUCGUCAUUGUCGUCUUGGUCGAGGCUCUGAUCAUCUACAAGCUCGUCAAGUUCCUGCUCGACCCCCGCACCCGAAUCUCCCAGUAUGUUCCCGCCAUCAUUAGCGGCGUCGAAAUCCACAAGGACAUCCCGACCGACAACUAUCCGACCGGCAUUCUCGAGUUCCUCGCCAAGGCCUUGACUCCGGCCGACGACGAUGUCUUAAUUCCUCCCCGGCCCUCUGCCGCUCCCGCCGCGGCCAAGGAUCUGCCGCCUCCCGAGCCCGAGUAUGCGUCUGCAACAGAGACCUGUCAUUGGGCCAAUGUCCUCGCCCACCGCUUCUUUCUGGCGCUGCGCAACGAGGAGGCCUUCAAGACCAAUAUGAAGGAAAAAAUGAUGAAAAAGAUGAACAUGAAGCUCAAGGGCAACACCUAUGUCUCGUACAUCAACAUAUGUGAGCUUUCUCUCGGAGACCAUGCCCCCGAUGUCUCUGGAGUUCGACUCAUCAAGGGCGUCAGCGAAGAUCAUGCUGUUACCAUCGAGCUGGACAUGAAAUACACUGGCGGUGCGUCCAUUGGCAUCCAGGCGACACUGGUCGGAGGCAUCACUAUCCCUGUCCGCGUUACACUCAGUAGCUUGGAAGGAAAGCUUCGACUGCGAUGUCCUUCGGAAAAAUGGUCGGACAUGCUCGCCAUUACCUUUGCCGAAGACCCCGGGGCAGCUUUCACGGUCGACUCUCCCAUCACCCUUGGCGAGAGCGAGAUGCUGCGCGACAUGGUCAACAGGGUUCUGGGCAAGAUUGUCCGCAAGAUGUUCCUGGAGCUCUGGGUGCUUCCCUCUUGGCGUAUCUUUUUUAUGCCGCUGAUGGCGCCCUCGUUGGAAGAAGAGAUUGCUCGAGAAAAAGGCCAGACGACCAAGCUCAAGUCCGAGCGCUCGUUCAAGCGUGCGGGCAGCCCCAGCCGUCGCACUCCAAACAACGGCACCCUGUGGGAGAACCGCUCGGCUUUUCUUCGCAGCAAUCCCAAGCCGUGGACCCCAUGGGUUGUUCCCGAUGUCCUGCACAGCAUAGCCUUCGCCCUCGACUCACCCAGCCCAGCGGAUGCCCAAGAAGUGUUGGAAUACAACGAAUCGCUUGUGCCCCCAUUCAUCCAGCUCGCCCGCGAGGAUGACCGAGGUGAUGGUAAGGCAGCCUUCGUCGACGCCUCGAAUCUCUCAACCACCCCUGCCGCGACCAGCGCCAUCGGCCCCAUUGUUUGGAAGACCAUCAAGAAUCGGGGCGGCGUUCAUAUCCAGCGCAAGCGUGUCGCCGUCAACGGCCAAGUCGGCGAGGUCACUCGCGUCUUUCUCCGGAUUGCGUGCGAUGCCGCCAGUGUGUUUUCGAUACUGAGCAAUCCCGAGCAUAUGCGCCACGUCGAUGAAAGCUACGAUAAAACAACGAUCCUGCGACACAUCAGUCCAAUCAACAUCAUCCGCUACACCACCUACAAUAUCGGCAAGGUCAAGAAAGGCUUUGUGGCAUUGGAGAUCCGGCAGCGCCUCUCCUCAAAGGCCGGGUCGGUCUCCCAUCCCGGAAUGGCGCACGAGCCAGCUCCCGCAGACGCGGCCUCAUCCAGUAACCACGAACAAGACUCCUAUGUGGUUGUGUAUCGAUCGAUCCUACCGACCGAAGGCGACCUGGCCAACCUCGAGUCCCAUGAUGCCAACCUCUCGCCAGAUGCGUUUCCCGUCAGCCAGCCGCAUCAGACAUCCUCCCUUGAAGAUGCCCGUGUCUCUUUGACAUCGUCGCAGCCAAUACCCGUGGCCACUCCUGCAUCGUCCUCGCUGCGAGCAUCGUCGUUGGGCAGUCUUCGGGAUGGGCCCGAUGUAAGCCGAUCGCUUCCCGGCAACAGCAGCGUCCCCAUGGGUGAGAGCGGCAGCCUUCCGUCCGGCUCAUUGCAGCCACCCGAGUCCUUCGACCCCUCAAAUCUGCACAAUGUACACAUCUAUGGCUACUACAUUGAGCCACAAGGCCCCAACGUAUGCCAAGUUACAGUCGUCAGCCAGUUCAGCAACGAGUUGAAUCGCCUCGAGGCUACCUACAACUCAAGUCGCAAACUGAAGAAGUUUAUCGAGGAGCUCGAAGCCCGUGUCAAGAGCCAGAGCCGAGAUGCCGAUCCGGAUGGCACUAUCCAGCCGUCGACCUCGUCGCUGGUGACGGGCGUGGGAAGCAGCCUGCUGAGCUUUGCUGCCUCGGCGGUGUGGGGCACCGGCAGCAGCAACAGUGGCACCGAGCUGCGUCGGCGCAAGUUCUUCGGCACCACCACGAGCGGUAAAGAUCCGAACGCAGCAGCGUCGACUCGCACCGGCUCGGUCGCGGCUGCGCCAGAGACACACGACACGGACGCAAGUACAGACGGCAUUGCCCUGAGCGCAUCGGCAAAGGCCAAGGACACCAAGAUCAAAGCACUCAUCGAUGCUGCAAGCGCCACUGCCACCACGAUUUUGAAGACCCGUCGCACCUGGCUCAACAGCGGCAAGCGCGAUUCGCGCGCCAGUGGCGCCGAGAGCGGCAUGGAUGAAAGCGAUGGAUACAUGUCGUCGGACAUUCCUCGGCUGCCCGGGAUUGAUGGUCGCGAAAGCCCGCUCGCCCUCCACGACGACGACGCCGGGGACCACAAUGAAGACCACGGCAACGAGAUGUUCUUUUCAGCCUCAAGCGAUCCGUAUUUGGACAGGGUGGACGAGGAGCCUCCGGACGACUAUGACGAUCCGCUUGUCGGCACCAUAUACCAGGACUGCGACGAUACCCAAGAUGAGACCGACGGCGAGCUGUUACCGGACGUGGCCUUACACCACAGGUCCAUGUCGCGCUACAACUCCCACGGCAAUGGGCACCACAUCGAGGCCAUUUUUAGCCCGUCAUCGAGCACAGACGAUAUUCUAAUGACCUCGUACGAGCGAAACUCUCCCAUCGAGAAGCUGCUUCAGCCCAAGGAGGUCUUCAAAAUCCCCGUCGUCUUUGACCACAACCGAUACGACCAAUGCACGGCGCUUGAAUUGGCUUGGCAGUUUAUGGUCGACACCGAGCAGCCAAUCACCUUUGGCAUCUACUUUGUCCCGAGCGCUGAGGCUGGCGAGCCCGACAGCCUUCGUCCUGUUUGGAACUCGAGCUUCCUCCCAAGUGCUGCCGGUGAUGACCUGGAAGCGGCCCUCACCAUCCUCCCCGCGUGCCCCGUGAAUGCAUACUCGCGGCCGACGAGCGGUAACAUCUGCAUCAGUUCGCUUUCCUCGGGUACAUUCUAUCUUGUCUGGGAGAACUUACAGGCACAAAAGAAGGGCCAAAAGUCGCUCGGAUACAAGUACAUCGUUCGCCCCGUCUCGCUCUCGCCCCUGAAGCUCUACAAGCGGCCCAAGUCGGAGGUCAAGUUCUCCUUCAGCCUUUACAGCGAGUACCUGAUAAGCCGAAAGUCCGUCUGUCGCAUCCCUCUGCUCUACGAUGAGAACCUCGAGCUCAAGAUGAAGAUCAUGGCUACCGAGACGAUCCUGUCGGAUGCCUUUGGUGCCGAUCACGACACCACGACCGAGCAGCAGACCCUUCUCCGGUGGGACUUUUCGACCGGAGGCUACGACAUCAUGUUCGGCAUCGUCUUUAUUCCUCAGCAGAGCCUGCCCAUUGAAAACGUGGAUCUGUCAGCGGUCCUGUCGGCAUCGGGAGCGUCUGCCGCCAUUCCUCAGACCGACAGCGGUGGCAAGUCCAAAGGCGUGGCCCACAAAACAAGCGUGGGCUCGCUCCGUGCCGCUGCCGCCGCCGCCGCCGGAAUGGUUGGCGGUGUUGUUGCCGCCGCUGCCAACAAGCCCUGGUCCCGCGGCGGUGUAUCGGAUGCCGGUGCCAGCGCCGGCACUGAACUCGAGCCUGCCGGCCAUGUUGACGCCGAGCGCUCCGAGCCAGUCCACCGCUCGAUAGAGACAUCAUCUAUUGCUUCGACCGCUGCUUCGGCUGUUGCUUCGACCGCUGCUUCGACAAUCGCUGCUUCCACCACCCCUGCUGCUGCCGCCGCCGCCGCCGCUGCUGCCACUGCCACUGCUGCACAACCUUCCCCGAAGAGCACGCGACGAACCAUCACAUCCAUGAUGAGCCGGAGGUCAACCGUGACGGCACCUCCUCCGAACGCCGCAAACAGCGAGCAGGCACAGGAAGCUCGCAAGCAAUCACUCGCCCUCCGACUCGCCGCUGUUGUCAACCACAACGCCGCUGGAACUGCCCCUGCCGGUGCUGUCGGUGCGACGGAUCAUCCAACAACAAGCUCUGGCUCCAGCCAUGGUACGACCGCCCAGUCACCUCCAAGCGAUCCUGCGGGCUUGACAGUCUUGACAUCGCCUGCGCGGCACCCUUCGCCCCGGCCCAUCUCGCGCAGUUCCCACGAAUCGUCGCCUGUCAGCGCCACGCACUCGCUGGAGGAUCUCGAGCCGGAGCUGCGGCAUCCGCAAAGCUCCGAUCCCACAAGCAAUCGACCGCUUGAGGAACAGACGAUCGUCUCUGCCAUCUCUGCUGGAUCGGCCACGAGCUCAGCCAUUUCGGCUGGACCACCCUCUGUCGAGUACCCCGCCAGAGAACAAGCUGGGCCGGCCACCCCUCCAGGAUUUGCUCGCGAGAUCAUCUCGCCAUUCAUGAAGGCCAAUUCACAGCGCACGACCAUCUCCGGCAGCGUGCCCAUCACGGGCAAAUAUGGUGUCUACUACCUCGUCUAUGAUAAUUCCAGCUCCAUCGUGGCUGGGCGGACCCUCGGGCUGAGUGCCGAGAUCGUGUCUUCGUGUCGGAUCACACGAAGCGAUUGAGCCACUGCAAGCACCAAGCAGCGGCCGGCCUGGUGCGUCGAUGGGUCCUUGUGCAUCCGCCUGAAUCCACUGAUUAGUUCACUUGACGUUCCUACCUCGUUGUCCUCGAACCCCAGUCGAUCAUUUAUUUGACAUGAAUACAUAUGGCACCAGUAUCAGUUGAAACCGACCCGCCACACUCCGCUC